AUGACUACUGCGUUGGAAUCGCUGAAGCAAUACACAAAGGUCGUGUCUGACUCGGGCGACUUCGAAUCUAUCGGCAAGUACAAGCCGCAAGAUGCGACGACGAACCCGUCGCUGAUUCUUGCUGCCGUUCAAAACCCCAAGUACGCGUCCCUCAUUGGGCCUGCGAUUGAGUACGGCAAGAAGCACGGUAAGGAUGAGGGUUCCGUGAUCGAGUCUGCCAUCGACCGCAUCCUUACCCUCUUUGGCCAGGAGAUUCUCAAGAUCAUUCCCGGCCGUGUCUCGACCGAGGUUGAUGCACACCUGUCCCAUGACACGGAGGCCACCAUCAAGAAGGCCAUUGAGCUAAUCAAGCUCUACGAGAGUGUCGGUGUGCCCAAGGAGCGCGUGCUCAUCAAGAUUGCCUCCACUUGGGGCGGUAUCCAGGCCGCGCGUGAGCUUGAGAGCAAGCACGGUAUUCACUGCAACCUGACGCUCCUGUUUGGCUUUGUUCAGGCGGUUGCUUGCGCGGAGGCCAAGGUGACCCUUAUCUCUCCGUUUGUGGGCCGUAUCCUGGACUGGUACAAGGCCAACAAGCCGGACGGUGACUACCAGGGCGCAAACGACCCUGGUGUCAAGUCGGUGCGCCAUAUUUACAACUACUACAAGCAGAACGACUACAAUACGAUUGUCAUGGGUGCGUCGUUCCGCAGCGUCGACGAGAUCGAAGAGCUCUGCGGCUGCGACUUUUUGACCAUUGCACCCAAGCUUUUGGAGCAGCUGCAAGACUCGAAGAAGGAGCUCUCGCCCAAGCUUGGGACCGAACAGGCCAAGUCUGCCCCCACCAUCCCCAAGGUCUCGUACAUCAACGACAAGGAGGCGUUUGACCGUGCCCUUGCGGAGGACAAGAUGGCUAGCGACAAGCUUGAGGAGGGCAUCAAAAAGUUUGGCGAAGACGCUGAUGCGCUCAAGGACAUUUUGAGGAAGCACCUUUAG